AUGUUUGAGGCACGCUUGGUCCAGGGAUCCAUCCUGAAGAAAGUGCUGGAGGCUCUGAAGGACCUGAUCACGGAGGCCUGCUGGGACGUCAGCUCCUCGGGCAUCUCCCUCCAGAGCAUGGACUCUUCCCACGUCUCGCUGGUGCAGCUCACCCUGCGCAGCGACGGCUUUGACACGUACAGAUGCGACCGAAACCUGGCCAUGGGGGUCAAUCUAAGCAGUAUGUCAAAGAUCCUGAAGUGCGCAGGGAACGAUGACAUAAUCACACUCAGAGCAGAGGAUAACGCAGACACGCUCGCCCUCGUCUUCGAAACGACCAACCAGGAGAAAGUUUCAGACUAUGAGAUGAAACUGAUGGACCUGGAUGUGGAACAGCUCGGCAUCCCAGAGCAAGAAUACAGCUGUGUGGUGAAGAUGCCGUCCGGAGAGUUCGCCCGCAUCUGCAGAGACCUGUCUCAGAUCGGAGACGCCGUCAUGAUUUCCUGCGCCAAAGACGGAGUCAAGUUCUCUGCGUCCGGAGAACUGGGCACCGGGAACGUCAAGCUCUCCCAGACCAGCAGCGUGGACAAGGAGGAGGAGGCUGUGUCUAUUGAGAUGAACGAGCCGGUGCAGCUGAUCUUUGCUCUGAACUACCUCAACUUCUUCACCAAAGCCACGCCGCUGUCGAAGACCGUCACACUCAGCAUGUCGGCGGAUAUCCCCCUCGUGGUGGAGUACAAGAUUGCAGAUAUGGGACAUGUCAAGUACUACCUGGCUCCCAAGAUCGACGAAGAGGCUUCUUAA